AAAUUAAUUUAUUUACGUCACUUGCUGCCAUUUCCGUGAUCAAACAAUGUAAAUCCACCAUCUACAUCUAGGUUUACUCCUGUGGAAAUGUUUUCACGGCCUCUAAAAUUUUUAAACUCAAAAUAUAUAAAAAUUCACACUAAAUCUCUAAAAUGGGUCAAUUCGGGAUGUCCGGAGAGGUUCGUAUAGAAAAUUUAGAAAUUGACAGCUUAACAACAACUUCAUCAGAAAAUAUCUUUCUGACGCCUCAAAAUUCACAAGACCAAUUCGCAGAAAUACAACAAAUGCUAGCUUCCGCAGGAACAAAAUUUAAAAUUAAAGAAAUCCAAGAUACCGAAAUCUUCAAGAGUGCUCCCAACUCCAACUCUAACUUUUUUAAAGUUCUGAACUAUGAACUUAAGACACAAGAUUUGGUAGGAUUCAAGUGGACACUAGGAAUAAAGGAGGAAUCUCCAGUCUUGAAGACACUUGACGGAUUUGAAGGGGUAAAAAUAGGUAAAAUAAAAUCUAUAAACGCCACAGCCAUGAACGCCAAUAUCAGUCAGGAUCAAUUUCUGACAGAAGAAACUAUUCCUGAUUCUGAGAGUCAACAAAAUUCAGUUUAUCCCCGUUUACCUUCCAUGGAUAUGGUUGAAUUUUUGAGGACAGAAAUUCUAGAGAACAUCCCAUUCAAUAAAGAGGAUAAAUUAAAUUCGAAUGCAUCUUCCGUCGAGAAAAGGAGAAACCCUCGUUCCAAAAAACGUUCUACUUUAAAGCAGAAAAAACAAAAUAGUUCCAAUUACUUGCACAGUCCAUUAAAAGAAGAAGCUUCGGAAAAAAAUACAUUGAAAUGUAUGAGUAGGAGCGCUAAACAGAUUCAUAAGCCCCAGGGAAAAGUUCGAGAAUCAUCCUCUGAAACGGAAGAAGCAAAAGGAAAAGUGUCUGAAAAUCAAGACCGUCCUUCUUCAUGUAAGGUAGCUCUAAGAUGCAGAUCAUGGAAUGCGACCUCCAAUGAACGUGCAGUGUCUGAGUUUAGUUCGAAAGUGAAGCCUUCCUCAAACUCCACAGAGAGACGUUCAGAAACUUGGAGUUUAGAGCACACAUCACGCUACUCAACUCAAGAGGCUUCUUCAAUAAUUUCAAAGAUCCAUCGAGACCCCCUAACAAUACCAAAGAUAGGAAAAUUCCAAGAAGUAUUGAAAUGCUGUCGUUCAAAGGGUACUCCUAUGCCAUCCAAAAACUAUAGCUCUCUCGAUCCCAAGUCUCAAAAUGUUGGAUGUGAGCAAAACGAAGAUUUUUUCGACUGUCAAAGCACUUGUUCAUUACAGCAACCACCGUCAAUGGAAAAGGAGUCCAACCCAGCAGCUUCACCAAACGAUACACUCGAAUUCCAACGUUCCUCUGAGAGCAAUUAUUCAUCAAGUUCCAAAUCACGAAGCACAUUUGAACAACAAAGCUCCUCUCUCGAUACUUGCAAAGUUUCUAAAGUACCAAAAAGAUCGACCUCAAGAUUGGUCGAUUCUCAUGAUAAUAGUAUGCCACCCUGGAUGAAGUUUUGCAAGAUUCCAAGUGCCGAUUCCAGUAUCGAGUUCUUACAGAAUAAAAUAUCAAGUCUACUAAACGAUGAUCAAAACAUGGAUAUGGUCAUGGAAAUGGCUAAGCUUGCAGAGAAAAAUUUGGAGUUACAAGAUAAGAUUCUGGAAAAAGAAACGAAGAUUGACAAGUUGGCCCAGCGCAGCGAGAGUGUCAUCGAGAGAUGUGAGGAGAUUGAAAUUGGUCUCGUGUCGAAUCUGGUGACAACAGAUGACACGAUAUCAAAAUUAUCGCGAGUCAUGAAAGUUGCGAAACGUUUCCAAUCGGAGAAUAACAAUCUUUGGCAUCAGAUAGAAAAGCUGAAGGACAUGGUCAGUGAGAAGGAUCGCAAAAUAGCGAGAUUACUUCUCUUGAAGAGCAACAGUGCCAAAAGGGAUCAAAUCAAAUUCCUAAAAAAAAAAAUAAACUACCUCGAGUCGGAAAAUGGAGAGCUGAGCAUUAACUUCAGGAAAUACGAGAAAAUGUGCAAUCAGUAUGAAAGAGACUUGGAGGAGCUCGAGAAUAAUCUUAGACAUGCUGAGGAUAGACUCAGGUUGACUUUCGUUGAUCUGAAAGGAAUGGUUAAAAACCAAACAGCAAAACGCAAACCUCACGAUUCCGGAAAUAUCACACGAAAGGACAUCAAAAAUGAUUCCAUUUCAAAGCCAGACAAAGAGACUGGAAAGGAAAAUACAAAAAAAAAAUGCAAAAGGUGCUGUUAGUGAAGUUACAUCUGAAAAUGCAUAUCCGACUGAAGUAAACAAUUCAUCCCACAAACCUAGUGAGCGUAUUGAUAAAAGUGAAUCACAAACUGGACACAAUCGUAAACGCUAUAAAAGUCCUUUUAGGAAAAUAUCACAUAAAGUAAAUGGUUCGUCGGAAGUAAAACGUAGUCAAGGGGUUUGACGUUCGACUACGAAGACGAAGCUGAAUAUCCGAAUCUCCUCUUGGCUUAUAAAUAAUUUAGAGCGCACUUUUCCAGGCAUUAUAAAUAAUAAAGAUCUUCUCA